AUGUGCCUGUUUCUUCCUGUCCUAAGUUCGAAGUCAGCGCCCCCUGUGGUCCGGAGGGGAAGUGACGUUGUUGCUGGGAAGAUGGCGACCGCGGCGACUAUCCCAUCGUCGGCCACGGCCUCGGCCACGGCCACGGCCACGGCAGCGGCUCUCGGCGAGGUGGAGGAUGAAGGGCUCCUGGCGUCGCUGUUCCGGGACCGCUUCCCCGAGGCCCAGUGGCGCGAGCGGCCCGAUGUGGGCCGCUACCUCCGGGAGUUGAGCGGCUCGGGGCUGGAGAGGCUGCGGCGCGAGCCCGAACGCCUGGCGGAGGAGCGGGCGCAGCUGCUGCAGCAGACGCGCGACUUGGCUUUUGCCAACUACAAGACCUUCAUCCGCGGCGCCGAGUGCACCGAGCGCAUCCACCGCCUGUUUGGCGACGUGGAGGCGUCGCUCGGCCGCCUGCUCGACCGCUUGCCCGGCUUCCAGCAGAGCUGCAGGAACUUUGUGAAGGAAGCCGAGGAGAUCAGCUCUAACCGCCGGAUGAAUAGCCUGACCCUAAACCGGCACACAGAAAUUUUGGAAAUACUGGAGAUUCCUCAGCUCAUGGACACCUGUGUCCGGAACAGUUAUUAUGAAGAGGCCCUGGAGCUUGCAGCCUAUGUACGCCGACUGGAGAGGAAAUACUCUUCCAUCCCUGUCAUCCAGGGCAUCGUGAACGAAGUGCGCCAGUCCAUGCAGCUGAUGCUGAGCCAGCUGAUCCAGCAACUGAGGACCAACAUCCAGCUUCCCGCCUGCCUCCGUGUCAUUGGCUACCUGCGGCGCAUGGAUGUCUUCACUGAGGCUGAGUUGAGGGUGAAGUUUCUUCAGGCCCGAGAUGCUUGGCUCCGGUCCAUCCUGACUGCCAUUCCUAAUGAUGAUCCCUAUUUCCAUAUCACAAAAACCAUCGAGGCCUGCCGUGUCCAUCUCUUUGAUAUCAUCACCCAGUACCGUGCCAUCUUCUCAGACGAGGACCCACUGCUGCCCCCUGCCAUGGGUGAGCACACUGUGAAUGAGAGUGCCAUCUUCCAUGGCUGGGUGCUACAGAAAGUCUCACAGUUCCUGCAGGUGCUGGAGACCGACCUUUACCGGGGCAUAGGCGGCCGCCUGGACUCUCUACUGGGCCAGUGCAUGUACUUUGGGCUGUCCUUCAGCCGGGUGGGAGCUGAUUUCCGGGGUCAGUUGGCUCCUGUUUUCCAGCGGGUGGCCAUCAGCACUUUCCAGAAAGCAAUUCAGGAAACAGUGGAGAAAUUCCAGGAAGAAAUGAACUCCUACAUGCUCAUCUCAGCUCCAGCCAUCCUGGGCACCAGUAACAUGCCUGCUGCUGUGCCAGCCACCCAGCCGGGGACACUGCAGCCACCCAUGGUGCUCCUAGAUUUCCCACCCCUCGCCUGCUUCCUCAACAAUAUUCUGGUCGCCUUCAAUGAUCUGCGCCUCUGCUGCCCUGUGGCCCUGGCGCAGGAUGUGACUGGGGCCUUGGAAGAUGCCCUUGUCAAGGUAACUAAAAUAAUCCUGGCCUUCCAUCGCGCUGAAGAGGCUGUCUUCAGCAGUGGGGAGCAAGAGCUCUUCGUCCAGUUCUGCACUGUCUUCCUGGAAGACCUUGUUCCGUAUUUAAAUCGCUGUCUCCAAGUCCUUUUUCCACCAGCUCAGAUAGCACAGACUUUAGGCAUUCCUCCCACUCAGCUCUCCAAGUACGGUAACCUAGGGCAUGUGAACAUCGGCGCCAUUCAGGAGCCCCUCGCCUUUAUCCUGCCAAAAAGAGAGACGCUCUUCACCCUGGAUGACCAGGCGCUGGGGCCCGAGUUCACAGCUCCAGCACCAGAGCCUGCCGCAGAGGAGCCACGUCUGGAGCCCGCGGGCCCAGCCUGCCCGGAGGGAGGGCGAGCGGAGACGCAGGCGGAACCGCCCAGCGUGGUGCCCUAGCCGGCGUCCCCUGCCUCCAGAACGCGGUGCGUAAGGUGCCCGGCGCGGGGCGGCCAGGACUGCCUCGCCCUGGAAGGUCCAGGGCGGGCUCAGGAGGCAGGAAGACGCUCCCGAGAGGAGAGCGGAAGGGGGCGGUGCUCACUGCCAGUCUAGGCAGGAAGGCGGGGAUCUAGUCGCGGCAUCGCUGUGCGCUGGCCGACGGCGCUUCCCGGCGUGCCCCGCGCUGCGUCCGGAAGGGGCGGGCCGGGUUACUGUUGCGGGGGCCGCCAUGGCCAGGGUGUGGGGAGCGCUGAGUCUUCGGCCACUGUGGGCGGCCGUGCCGUGGGGAGGGGCGGCAGCCGUCGGUGCCCGGGCCUGCAGCUCCACGGCCGCCCCGGACGGCGUCGAGGGCCCGGCGCUCCGGCGCUCCUACUGGCGCCAGCUGAGGCGCUUGGUGCUGGGUCCUCCCGAACCGCCGUUCCUGCACGUGUGCCAGGUUGGGGACCCGGUGCUGCGCGGCGUGGCGGCCCCGGUGGAGCGGGCGCAGCUGGGCGGGCCCGAGCUGCAGCGGCUGACGCAACGGCUGGUCCAGGUGAUGCGGCGGCGGCGCUGCGUGGGCCUAAGCGCGCCGCAGCUGGGGGUGCCGCGGCAGGUGCUAGCGCUAGAGCUCACCGAGGCGCUGUGUCGGGAGUGCCCGCCCCGCCAGCGCGCGCUCCGCCAGAUGGAGCCUUUCCCCCUGCGUGUGUUCGUGAACCCCAGCCUGCGAGUGCUUGACAGCCGCCUGGUCACCUUCCCGGAGGGCUGCGAGAGCGUCGCCGGCUUCCUGGCCUGCGUGCCCCGCUUCCAGGCGGUGCAGAUCUCAGGUGCGGGCGGCGGGGCCCGGGGCGGCUGGAGCAGCGCGCGCGUCUCUUGCGCCCGACGCCGGCGAGAGCACAGAAGUGGUCGCGGUUCAUACGCCAGACCUCCCACAGGAGCGAAGUGGGAUGCGGGAGCGGAGAGGCCUCAGGACGGAUAGAAGCUCCUGUGGGGCAGAGCCCGCUCAGAUAGGACGCAGGGGCGAGGAGAGGUCCCCUGAUUCCGCUGUUACCUGACAGCCUGGCGUCUGCUUUCUGCUCCCUUGCUUUCUGAGGCAAACACCCUCUUCGGCCCCAGUUAAGUCCGCCACGGUGGAGUUGGAGAAGUGGGGGUUAGCCCCCCAGCCUGACCCAGCCCAGGGGGCUAGGCCAUUCCCCACGUGGUACCACAGGAUGUCUCGGGGAAUGCGGGCUCUGCUGGGGUCGGGGUGAUUGUUCCUGCAGAGCAAGGCCGUCGGUUCAAGAGGGUCAGAAAAACAGUGGGGUCUCAAGCUGCAGAACCUCUGUUAGGAGUUAGGAGCCCACAGGUACCUCAGAAGUGGGAGGAGUGUUCGGAAGGGUCGCACCGUAGAAAGAUGAUUUCUCAUCUCAGCUCUACAGUGAGCUCGAUAACCUAAUUACCAGAGUUGGGAACCAGGUUGAACACUUGGUAAUGGGCCGAGAUGAGGCACGUUUUCCAGUUAGAAGAGGAGCUGCUGUCUACAUUUGCCAUCUGCUGUUGCCUCUUGUCAAUGGGAACAGCCAGGACCUGGGGCAGGGGUAAGGAGGUACAGGAUGAUGCAGUUCAGCUGUUCCCACUCACCAGGGCUGUAACUUCCUUUGCAGGGCUGGACCCCAAUGGAGAACAGGUGGUGUGGCAGGCGAGCGGGUGGGCAGCCCGCAUCAUCCAGCACGAGAUGGACCACCUGCAGGGCUGCCUGUUUAUUGACAAAAUGGACAGCAGGACGUUCACAGACGUCUAUUGGAUGAAGGUGAAUGACUAAAGCUUUGCUACUGGGGCUGAGGAUUCCGGAUACCAAGACGCAAACACUUUCACUUUGAGCUGGGCGCAUCUUACUUGGCAUCAACUUGGAUGGCCCGCAUAUGACAGGAAACUGGAUUGCCAAGGCAUGGCAGACUGAGCUGGAGGAAGAUGUCAGAAAUGUUUGCCCUGAAAUCAGUUAUGGACGAAAUAUUGUCUACAACUUGAGAAGAAAAAUCACCCCCAAAGGAGUGGACAUUUCCUAACAAUUCUGUAUGGAGGAAGGUGGGGUAAUUGCAUUCGUCUGCAGUAGACACGAGUUCCUCGGACCUGUAUAAUCUACUCCCAAAGCCAAGGUUUGGUAAUAAUGUAGUCCCCAAAUACCUGAAAGCUGUCUUUAAAAAAUGCAGGUAAGCAUGUGACUGGC